AUGUGCUUUCUGUUCUUGUCGUGUACACCACUCUUUACGUCGGCAACAACAACAACAGUUCAAGGACUUCAGCCUCGAUGUGAAUCUCACAUCUUCAACAACGGAAAACAUUACCGUUCUUGCAAGGAUCUUCCCGUGUUAGACUCGUUCCUACACUUCAGUUAUGCUCGAGAAACCGGAGUUCUCGAUGUUGCUUACCGUCAUGCCAAUCUUGAGUCUUCUAGUUGGAUCGCUUGGGCCAUAAACCCGACCAAAAAAGGCAUGUUAGGCGCUCAAGCUCUCGUGGCUUAUCGUAACUCAACAUCUGGCGUCAUGCGUGCUUAUACUUCAAACAUCAAUAGCUACGCUACUAUGCUUCAAGAGUCUCCUCUUAGCUUUCGUGUAACGCAAGUAUCCGCCGAGUAUCUUGAUGGAGAGAUGACGAUAUUCGCAACUAUGGUGCUGCCUCCUAACACAACCGUUGUGAAUCACUUAUGGCAAGACGGUCCGUUGAAGGAAGGAGAUAGACUUGGGAUGCACGCAAUGAGUGGAGAUCAUCUCAAA